GUUUCGUAUAUGAGGUCCCUUGGUAACGGCUAAGUAUCUAAUAAACAAAGGUCGAAACGCAAGUCAGAUGUUCAUUUUACCGACUGAAGUCUGCUUUUUUAUAUUUCUAUAUAUAAGAUCACCAUCGUGGAAAGAGCUUCCCAAGGCUCUAGUGUCCCCACUCAUAAAUAUUAUUUCCCACUUUACCAAGCACGAUACAAUACACAAAAUUGAACCAACUACAAUUUUGGGCAUCUUUCAUACUACAGCAUAUUAUGAUUGGAAAAUUAGGAAAGCCUUCGUACGGCACGCUGUUUCAGUGCACUCGAAGCAGUGUCGUAGCUCUUGCCACGAAAUCAACGGCCUUAAGCCACCGUCAAAUUCACAUGACACCCUCACCAUCGCUCAACUCGUCAUCGACGACACCGCCCACUCCCCUCGUUGGCCUUGGAGUAUUUAUCAUCCAUCCCACUCACCCACUUUCCACCCCCGAGAAUCCUAUGUAUCUACUCGGUGAACGUAUCAAUUCGACUGCAGCCAACACGUGGGGUCUCCCAGGCGGCCACUUAGAAUUCGGCGAGACUUUUGAAGAAGGUGCAUCCAGGGAGGUGUUGGAAGAAACCGGGUUAUGUAUUCCACCCAAAGAACUCAAGUUUUUCCGCUGUAGGAAUCUGGUCAUGAAGGAGGAGAAAAGACAUUUCGUGUCAAUUUUUAUGGUAGGAGUUUGGGAUGGGAAGGGGGAAGGGCCAAGAGUGAUGGAGGAGGAAAAGUGUAGAGGGUGGGAGUGGGUGAGCUGGGGAGAAACGAAAAAGUGGAUUGAGCUGGAGAACGCUGAGAGAAAGCUAUUUCCAGGGAUGGGGGGUUUAAUUAGAGAACUGAAGGGUGUGGCUCCUUCACUGUGACAUGGAUUUUAUAGGGAUCGUUUGGGCAUCUGGGGAACCCGAAAUCGUACAGGCCAGGCCGUAUUCAAGCUUAUGCAGCGAUUUCAGGCAUUUCCCGUGCGACGACCAAAUGCGUAGUAGUGUACACAGCAUAUAGGGUCACAUCGAGAAAGUCAUGCCAUUUCUACCCAGAGGCGAUGGUGCCUUGAAUCUCAUGGUGCUCUUCGAAGUUGUCAGCAGCAGACUGUCCACUAUCGAUCAAAAUCAUUGCAAAGAUUCUCGGAGUGAUGAAUAAUCACUACCAAGAUGUCUCCUUGUACCGACAAAUUUCACUACGACGAUCUGUGAGAGGCUGAUUCAAUUCGCCUUUUAAUCCUCCACCUAGGCACA